GGCAAAAAAUACUAAAAUACUAAAAUAUGACAUUCGUUUAAAUUAAAUUUUCAUUUACUCAUUUGACAAAAAUUAAACCAGAAUCAAAAUUGCAUUGUAGAAGAGCAAAAUGUCGAAGAGUGAUAGCGAACACCGUUUACCGAGAAAGACUGCACCAGAGAGUAAGGUGCAGCGUAGUUUAUCGGAAACUGACAAACUGGUAGCUGAUGAGCAGGAAAAAAAUGUUGAUGAUGAUUUGAAUAUGCGCCAUCAUUCUUAUCUUCAAACUGCGGAACUAAAGCUAUCCUCACAGGAUGACCAUAAAGCAUUCCGAAAUGAAGUAAUACAAGACAUUAUCGCUAUACGCCGUCAAAUAGAUUACUUAGAGAAAAAAGUACGAAAACUUGAGGAAAUGGUGUCUACUCUUGAAACAGAAAAAAUUAACAAAGAAAAAGUUGGUAAGCUUGAAAAAUCUAAUGACGAACACCUAGGGUUCCUUAAAAAAGAAAGUCAAAAAACUAACAAAGAAACACAGCUUAGGAAUAGGAAAAAAGUCAGACGCAAACCUUUUCCUUUGUCUUUCUAUCAAGGUCGGCCUUUGGACGAUCUCUUUAUUCCAGACUUGAGUAAAUGUGGCAAAAAACGUACAGACUCACAGCUUGAAGAUGAGCCUGAAACUGAAUCUGAAGAAGAACCUGAAGAACGUAGUAACAUUUAUCUAAGAUACAAAAUACGUGAAUACAAUUUAUCAUUUAUGUCUGAAUCGUCCCUUGCGCUUAACAAAGAAUGGCCGGUUCAGCUAUAUCCUUCGCUGUGGCCACAAAGAAAUUUCAAGGACCAGAAAUGCGACUGUUUAAAGCAAUUUCGUAAAUAAACGAAUGAGGUUGUUAUGCUCCUUCCGUGAUCUUAUAAAACAUCAACAUAACAUGUUUUUGACUCAUUUGGUGUGAAAUGGUAUCAUUGAGACUAUGGUAAGUCUUCAAACUACUAUUAACGAGUAACCAGCGUAACACUAUGAAUUGACCAACUAACCUGGCAGUUAGGAGAAAUUUGGAACUUGUGAAGGAAAGAUGAAUAUGUAGAGAUAAGAUGGACCAGCAAUGGGUAUGAAAUACUAAGGAUUUGCUUUGCAAAGGAUUUGCUUUGCAAGAGUGGACAUUAAAGUUGUAACAUGAGAAUGAAGCAAGUAGGAUUAAUGUGUCAAAGCAGCUAACGUAAUAGUAAAAACAAUAAACCUCUUCGUCAUUUUUUAUGUCAGGUUUAAAUUUUCUUUUUGGAUUAUAAAAUUCAGUGC